AUGGGGCAGGGCCAAUCCCUCACGGCGCCAUGCUGUGCAGCGAGGGAACGCUUGAACUCGGAUUUCCAGGCGGGCGGUGGCACAAGUCUGCAGCUGACAGCAACCCUCAGAUCCAGCAGAGACGAGUGGGCCGAUGUCGAAGCCCCAUCGCCGCUUCCCGAGACAGAAACGGAGAUGUCCCCAGAAAGCGACGGACGCUUCGCUUCCGAAACCGCGCACGCAGAUGAACUUGGAAGUCUCUGCGGUGGAAGUCUCGAGACAAGGUCGUGUCGCAACAUCGUGACACUUCAAGUCGACAAGUCGCCAAAGCCAGAGCCCCAAGGCCUGUGCUGA